AUGUGUAACCCCAUAUCGGGUUGACAGUGGUCCGGGCGGACAAUGUGUAACCCACUAUCGGGUUGACAGUGGUCCGGGCGGACGAGUUGUCCUUUGACUCUUACGCGACACCAUAACACUUUAGUAUAAGCUGUGUGCCGUCAAGUUAUACAGGAGUCUACCCUACUACAGUGAUUAAACCAACAUCUCUGAAGACAUUAUGCCAGUUAAAGGUCUGCUUCAGCGUUUUCAAGACAAAGAGGAUGUUGUUGUGGCGGAGGGAUAUGUGUUUGAAUUUGAGAGAAGAGGGUUGCUGAAAGCCGGUGCAUUUGUACCGGAAGUUGUCAUUGAAAGACCGGAUCUGGUGAGAGGCCUCCACGAAGAAUUUGUCAACGCCGGAAGUGACGUUUGUUUGGCAUUUACGUACUACGGUCACAGAGAGAAACUCAGAGUUGUCGGCCGUGAAGGUGACCUUGAGAAGUUGAACAGGGACGCGUUGAGGAUCGCGAGGCAGGUGGCAGACGACACAGGGACACUGAUGGCGGGAAAUCUCUGCAACACGACGGUGUACAGGAAGAAUAACAAGGAAGCGAUUGAGACGACGGAAGCCAUGUUUAAAGAACAAAUCGAGUGGGCGGUGGAAGAAGGUGCAGACUACAUCGUUGGAGAAACAUUCGUUGAGUUUGGGGAGGCGAUGCUCGCCCUUGAGUGCAUUAACAAAUAUGGAAACGGACUUCCUGCAGCUAUUAGUUUGAUCCCCCUUGCGAAAGACCACACGUCAGACGAUUUGGCGUAUGGCGUCGCCUGCCGCAGGCUGGAGGAAGCAGGAGCGGCGGCAGUUGGGCUGAACUGUGGGCGUGGUCCCAAGACGAUGCUGCCUCUCAUUAGGGAGAUCAGACAGGCCUGCAAGGGGCCGGUCGUGGCACUUCCGGUACCGUAUCGCACAUGUGCAGAACAACCUGCGUUCGUAUCCCUCCAAGAUCCAGCUACAGGAAAGAUGGCUUUUCCGGUUGACCUUCCUGCGCAUGCCUGUGGACGAAGUGAAAUUGCCAACUUUGCCCGAGAAGCCAAAUCCCUGGGCGUGCAGUAUGUGGGACUAUGUUGUGGCAACGCUUCUCACUACAUCCGGGUCGUGGCGGAGGAAUAUGGGCGUCGACCCCCCGCCAGUAGAUACUCCCCCGACAUGGCCCAGCACUUUAUUUUUGGGAAGAACAAAAGUAGCGAGGAUCCUUACCAGCAGGACAUCAGAAAGAAAAUGAUGACCUAACAGAAUUAUGAAGAAAAUUUAUCAAGAAUCAGUCAAUGUACAUAUUUCUUUUUAACCUAAAAUAUAUUGCAAAGAAAAUUAAGAUCAACUCUUUGAGAGCAUUAAUUAUAAUUCUAAAUAUGGUAGCCAGACUGUAUGCGAGUUAUGAUAGUACUUGUCAGUACUUGUUCUCUGCCAAGAACAUUCCACCUACAUGUAUAUGGUGGUUGCUAGGUAACCUUCGAGACAGUGCUAAAAGUACUGUUACAGUCCGGGUUUCAGAGACGCUCUUGUUGCAAUUAAUCAGUUGGUAUUUUUUAAUGUUGUACGUAAAAAACUAUUGUUUCUUUCCUUUCUUCAAAGUAAUAAAUUAUAUAUAUUGUA